UCACGAUUCUGUCAUGCUCCAUGAUUCUACUGCUGUAGCAGUGGCCAAAGGUUUCGUAAUUCCACGGGAUCAAACGUUCUUAGCUGAUAGGUCGGAUACUGAUGCUAUUAAUAACUCAUUGGCAUUCAGUAUCCAAGGUGCUGCUUCAGUUUCUGACAUGGCACAACGUUUGAGUGCCAGAAAUGUUGAGCUGAAAGUCUCAAGAAACCAAAUCGGGGUCUUACAGCGACUGCUCAAAUACUACAAACGAAAACACGUGGAUUUGAAGCAGGAGAAUACUCAGCUGAAAAAGAUGAUGUUAUCUUACGCAGAAUACUUGGGACCAAAGAUGCUAGAAAUGGAGAAGAAUACCGAACGUCUCCAGCGACAGCACGAAAAACUCCGGGUCGAUGUUCAGGGGUGUUGCAAGUCUCUCCGCACACGCUCUAGUCAGAAAUAAUCUUCCUGGAGCAGCUCUGAGGAAUCAUCUGCUCAUCAUUACCACGUAUCUCUUUAUGCAACAA